AUGGCUGCGAUCCAGAAGGAUGCCGCCGCCAUCAAGUGCGCCAAGCAAAUGGAUCACAUCCCUUGGUGUGACGACUACGAGAAGAUGAUCUCAGGAAUGCUCUACAACUCGCUGGCGCCGGAGCUCAUCGCCGGUCGCUUCCGUGCUCGGCGCUUCAUGCACAAGUACAACAACCACUUCCCCGAGGAUGCUACGCCCGACACUCUCGUGAAAGAGCGAGAAGAUAUCAUUCGCCAAAUGUUCGGCAAAGUUGGCAAGGAGCCUUACAUGGAACCGCCCCUCAACGUCGACUAUGGCUGCAACAUCACCAUCGGAGACAACUUCUACAGCAACUUCAACCUGGUGAUUCUUGAUUGUGGCAUUGUCAAGAUUGGAGACCGUGUCCUGUUUGGCCCUUCUGUUUCCAUCUUUGCCGCGACUCAUGAAGUCGAGGUGCAGUCUCGCCGAGAUUUUAUCGAAUACGCCGGUUCAGUGACCAUUGGUGACGACUGUUGGAUUGGUGGAAACGUGACCAUUAUGCCCAACGUCAAGAUCGGCAAAGGCUGCACAAUUGGAGCAGGAAGCAUCGUCACGAAGGACAUUCCCGACUUCUCCGUCGCCAUCGGAACCCCGGCUAGGGUUGUGAAGAAGGUCCAGCCCGUUGAGGAUCUUCCAUCCGAAAUACCAGAUGCUGAGAAGACUGCGUAA